AUGGCACUCUCCACAACAGCAAAGAUGGCUUCCUUCGAAGAAAAAACAUCUCCUAAAUCUCUUCGCACCUUUCCAAUCGAGCUUCGCCAUAUGAUCUAUUGUCUCCUACUCCGAGGUACAUGGGAAGAACCCGAUAGUCGACGAACGGCUCGAACAUUCCUAGCCGCAUUACGCGCAGAUGUGGGACUUUAUAAAGAAGCGCUGAUUAUUUUUUACAAAACCAAUACAUUUUCCUUGAGUUAUAAAAAUUACUGGCUUGGGAAAUAUUUUGUUCAGAAUGAUGCAGUCAGAUUUAUGGAUAUAAGAGUUGUGUCGUUGGCGUCGACGUUCCGGAGGAUACAUGUUGAAGUUCCUCUCUCGACUUCGACUUCGGGUCCUAUUGAUGGUCUUCCCUCCACCUCCCCAACCUUCGACCGUACAGCCCGAAUCAUCCGCAUGGCCCAAAACCUUACAUAUCUCCACGUCGAACCCACAAUCAACAGCGGCUGUCGCACCCAAUGGCUUGCGCUAAUCUGCGAUCUCAUCGGUCCCGCCGAUUCUUGUCCUUCUCUCCUAACCCUAAAAUUCACAUGGGCAGCUUACAUGAUUGAAAAAUAUAGUCAUACUGUCGAAUGGACAAUCCAUCAAUUCGAUUCCGUCUUCGGCACCCCUGGAUAUCUGGAAUCCCCCUCAACCGGCCACAAAGCAUCUUGGAUCUGGCAGCACCUUGGCAAAGAUGCAGGCCGCGUUCUCAAAUGGGGCAACCACGGAAAAAGCCCCGCGAGAAUCGAAAUCAGUCUCGCCGAAGCCGCAGCCAUGCGCCAGCGCGAUCUGAUGUCCCACGACGCGAGAAGAAUCUGGCAAUUUCUACUCCUUCGCUCGUGUGAGUAUGGUGUGCGUCCGAAAUGCAAUACUUCUAUUUUCGCGAUGCCGCAUCCGGGAACAGGGGCGAAUCGACCGCCGAUGGAGAUUUUCCAACAUAACAAUGGAGAUAUUUUUCGACAGGGGAUUGGAGAUGACUUACCUAACUUGUUGGAUGAGACAGAUAUCGAGGAUAAGGGGAUGUGGAGACCGGUUUCAAUGAAAACUCUGUUGGGCAUGAAGAAACGCUGUGAGGGGGAGCAGGAAAGAGGUUCAUUAAUCCAUCAUGAACCAAGAGAAGAAAAUCAUCUCACAAAAUGGCUUUCCGAUCAAGGUUUCGAAUGUCCCAUCGAUACCUUAGCGAAGUCGAGAACGACACUCAAAUGGGCCUUGCAGCAAGAAAUGUAUGGAAAUCCCUCUCAGCGCGGUUCAGAGGGAGAUUUGCAGUACGUCUCAAACCUGGAAGACGUAGACAUCGAUAACAACUUCCAAGUCACCUUCGCGGAUGGACUUGCAGUUUCGCUUCCGGAAGGAGAAGAAACGCAUCCUACGACUGAGAGACGCGUACCGGGUGUUAAAUACGAUAGACGGAAUGGGAAUAAGUAUCAUUCUGCACUUCCGAGUAAUUGGGACUGUGCGGAUAGUGAUGAGGGGAUGGAGAAAGGAGAAGAGGUCUUUCUCGAGGAGAGUGAGAGGAAUGAUCGUUUGGCGAGGGAUAGGGUGUAUGCGGAGAGUGUGGGGAGUGGGGACACGGUCCUGCUGGAGGACUUGGUGUUUGAGCCUGGAAAGAGGAGAGGGGAGAUUAUUCGUUGAUGGGGAGGGGGAUGUUGGGUUUGGAAUUGAAGGUGUUUGACUUUGGUGGGGAAGAGAUGGUGCAUAGAUGUUUCUGGGUAUGAUACAGAGUUUGGAGAUACGCAUGUGUACGGAAGAUAUCGUGAGUACUGUGUAUAUAUGGGGCGUAUAAUGGGUAAAGCAUUGUCAGUUGUGAUACCCGGGAGUUAUGGUCUGGAGUUGCAAAGGCUUUAUUGCCAAAUUCGAAAUAUGCACUACCAACAGAUGACUAGUAUUCAAUUCUAUUUCCAUUUUCAGGAUAUGGAUGUCAUUAUUGUACGUAGCAUUUCCAGUGGGUUAUUAAUUGAUUUGGCAUUUAUUCGAAAGAAAGGCGUUUCAAGAAAGCAUAAUCAAAUAUGAGAGAAAGGGAAGGGGGAGAAUCGGAGAAAGUUUUGGGAACUGCUAGGGGGUGUCAUAUUAAGAGGAGUUGGAGAUGAAGAUGAAGAUGAUGUUGUGUAGGUUAUAAUAGGGAGGGGAUGAAUGAUGGAUUGCAUUGUAUAUGUGUGGAAAUGAAAUUAAUGAUACUAAUGAAUGGUUUCU